AUGGCGACCUCUCAGCUCUCCGAUGGUGUCUACCUCCGCUCUACCAUCAAUGCUACACCCGCGGCCGACCCUCAGGUCCUGUCGGCAUUCAGCUCGGACAUCAUCCCGCUGGGUCAUACGCAGCCCGAUAUCGCCACCCUGGUUGCUGCAUACAGUAAUUUCAUUGCUCAUGAGAUCGAUCCCAGCGAGUCCAAGACCCGCAUCUAUCUGCGUGGCAAGGCAGUCAUCAAUGGCGCUGCUAAGAAAGUCGAGACCCAGGUCUCGCUCAAGACAAUCCCUAACGAGCUCAUCCUGUGGCCGCAGGCUUGGGAGAACGCAGCUCAGAUUGGUCAGGCCACGCUGAGCGCAUCCAAGGAUGGCGAAGUUGUUGUGACCAACACUCCUAUCGUGUACAACCCCACCCAGGGCCUUGGCCGCCACGACACCUUGAUCGCUGAAGCGACGACUGGAGCCGCAAGUGCGUCAACGACCACACUGGUGCAACAGGUCCACAACUGGCGUAACCUGGUGAAGCUCGUCGGCGAAGAUGCGACGCUGGCUACGUACAACGUGGUCUUCGCCGACCCGUGCUCGACGAAUGUCAGCUUGACGACAAGGCUCAGGGUGUUUGAGAACCAGGCUAGCUCUGUCAACAUGGCUUUCGGGAUUGAGGCCGUCGGGACUCCUGCCAGCGAUAUCGAUGUCUCUUUGGUUGGCUUCGGCACCACGACUGGAUCUAAACCAAUCACGUUCGGGCAGUCCCGUACCAACAUUCUCCCUUCCAAGUUGCUCACCACUCCUGCUAUUCUGCCUAAGGACUUCGACGGUACGGUGACCUUGAACGUCUUCAACGACAAGAAGCAGACGUUCGGCGACUACUCGUCCAUCUCCGUUAUUGCGUAUGCUGUUACGGCGGUCGGCGGGAAGGAGACGUAUACCACGCUCGGUGCUGAACACAUUGUCUUCCACUCGGACACGCGCGUGAAGAAGGUUUUGAACAAGUUCGCCCGACUUCGUGAGGCCGCUGUAAUUCAAGAUGUCACCAACGCCGCUACAUCCAUUGGACCUUCCUUUUAUUUCAGAAUGACAGUGAAUGACACAGAUCAGUUUCCACGACCAGAAUCGGAUACUCCAGAACAUUCAUGCGAUAUUCAGCCUUGGGGCACGUUGCCGGAUGCCAACGUACAGUCUGAUCUAGGCCCGGCCAACUACAGGGUUGACGUGUCUGAUAAGCGAAACGUUUACAGCACGCAGGGAUGCAUUAUCUACGACCAUACGUCUGGCGGAGACCCCAAGAUUGCUAUUCGGAAGUACAACACAACCGCGGCGGAGGCCCCGGUUCUCUUCUCGGAGCCAUUCAACUUCUCCGACCCCCCGCCGCCUCCCGGACAGGACCACUACUGUCUCAUCGCUGAGUGCAAGCCAGACGGGCUCGAUGCUGAUGGCAACUCCUACGAGUGGCCCCACCAGGAAACUGGGGACUUCGCCACAGGUCCAGAAUUUAUCACUUGGCUCCGGAGUAACCCAUGCCAACCCGAACGCACCAUCCCAGGUCUUCUAUACGAGCUUCACCAUUCCCGGAUAACGGGCGACGAAUUGUUCAGGCGCCGCAACACCGGGAAACCGAGCGUCCCCGCUGUGCGCACUGUCACGCACGACUACCCGAAUGUCAAGAUCCCCGCCGAAGACAACACUGGCGAUAAGCAACCGCCCAAGAUCGGCGGAGCGCACCCCUGCCGUGUUUUGGGCGAGAAAUACAGGCUCAAUGCGGCGAUUUACAUCGAUUACAUCGUAGGAACAGACGGUAUGGGCUACAAUAUCGGAUUGGUGGCGCGCACCCUCGUCGUCGCGUUGGCGAGUAGUGAUGUUCACAAUCGAGCUUUGAGGCCCAAGCCCGCCAAACCCUGCCUGGCUGAGGCGCAUAUCGCUCAACACAAGUCCUCGAAAGACCUCCAAGAGGCCAUGGAGCCUAGUGUGCAGGCCUGGAUUCACUAUGAAGCCAGGCCCGUAAGGAUUUGCCGUCGAGCGAUAUUUCUGGCUUCUAACCUACGGUUCAUACGUCCACAUGUAUUGACGUUCAUGUCUUGCGCCGUCGUCGUGAAUACUCUGUUCCUUACCUAUAAAGCUGUUGAUGCGGAUGAUACCGUGGGGCAGAACUACCAAGAACCGGGUGGAGCUGCGGUUCCUUUCAGUCAGUGGAAGAGGCUGUAUGAGGUUGCGUCUGAAGAUAAACGUGGAUUUUAA